GGAGGCGGCGACAGCGGUUCCGCUCCCUGCUCCAGCAGCCAGAGCCGGGCACAACGCUCGCAAUCAGCAUCCAGGAUGGGCAGCAGAGUCACUUUCUUUGAGGUGGAAAUCCUCGACUGGAAGACAAAGCAACAGCUGUGCUUUCUGGAUAAGGUGGAACCACAUGCCACGAUUGGUGAUAUCAGAUUGAUGUUCCAUAAAUCUUAUCCCCAGUGGUAUCCUGCAAGGCAGUCAAUAAGACUUGACCCCAAAGGAAAAUCCUUGAGAGAUGAGGAAAUCCUGCAGCAUCUCCCAGUUGGCACAACCGCUACACUAUAUUUUAAAGAUUUAGGGCCACAAAUAGGAUGGACUAUGGUAUUUUUGACAGAAUAUGCAGGUCCAUUGUUCAUCUAUUUUCUGUUUUAUUUUCGCAUGCCUUUUGUCUAUGGCCUGGAUGACAAGCUUACAUCAAACCCACAUCCAGUGGUUAACUUGGCAUGUAUCUGCCAUUCUUUCCACUACAUCAAAAGGUUGAUUGAAACAAUAUUUGUUCAUCGGUUCUCCCAUGGGACUAUGCCACUGAGGAGUAUUAUUAAGAACUGCUUCUAUUACUGGGGAUUUGCAGCUUGGAUUGCUUAUUACAUCAAUCAUCCUCUUUAUACACCUCCUUCCUAUGGACAAAAACAGAUAAAUUUUGCUGUGAUCAUGUUUCUGAUAUGUGAAGCUGGAAAUUUCUCUAUCCAUGUUGCACUCAGUGACCUGAGAAGAGAUGGAUCCAAGAUCCGUAAGAUCCCUUAUCCAACAAAGAAUCCUUUCACAUGGCUGUUUUUCUUUGUAACCUGUCCUAACUAUACGUACGAGGUGGGGGCAUGGAUCAGCUUCACCAUCAUGACUCAGUGUGUCCCGGUGGGAUUGUUCACAUUUCUUUGCUUCAUUCAGAUGACAGUUUGGGCAAAGGAUAAACACUACACCUACGUACGAGAAUUCAAGGAUUAUCCAAGUCUUAGGAUGCCAAUUAUUCCUUUCUUACUGUAAGAAGAAAGAACUGCUUGAAUACCUGAGUGGAACUACAGGAGGACAAAGCUAAUGGUCUCUUUUUACUGAGAAACCUGCUGGCAAAUGAGAUAAUUCAUUUAGAUAACUAAACCAGGGUGGUUCUGCUGCAUGGACUCUCCAUUGCUGUGGGAAAUUCUAUACAAUUGGAAGCUACAUCUCCCUAAUAUUUCUAAAUUUUCAGAAAGUCAUAUUAGUUGCCAUGACUUAAUUGCUUCAUUGGCAGCCAAGGGCCUUUAAGGCUCACUAUUGGCUUAGAUCCUUUCAAUUAGUGACAGUUGUAGCUUCCUGUACUGGCCUGGUUGGUUUUGUGGAUCACCAUGAAGCCUUGCCACCGGGAAGCUCCAACUUGUGGAACAGCAUUCCACAGAUGUGCUGAUUGACCACAGAUUUCUGGAGUCAUCAUCAGGUCAGCUGAUUCAAAGGUAGAUGCGUGUGCUGCCUUCCCUUGCUGGAGAGAAAGUGCUAUGGGGACAGGUGCUUCAUGGGGAAAUGAAGGAGUUACAAAGGAGGGAAAUAGGAGUACUCAGAAUAAAGAGGUGAGCAAUAACUCAGAUGCCUGAGUUGGCCCGAACACAUACUUUGAUGAGUCAACCUUAAAUCACAAGUCAUUACGAAUAGAACAUCCCCUGUUAGGAAAACUCCUUUAUCAAUAAAUUGCUCACCAGCUAGUUGACUGGAUUUUGAAGAUGUUGUAUCUUCUGUAGCUGUGAUACUUGGCCUGUUUUCAUAAAACAAGUCAUUAUGAUACCAAAAAACUUUUAUCUAGAGGUUUUAUGUUAGUGUUUUCUGAAGAGGUUUUUAAUGUACUUUGUAAACAAAUGCACUAACCUACAGUCCUCAAAAUGAUACUUCUGUCCCUGUUUGCAAAGCAGGGAGAAGGAAUCAGUUACGUAGUGAACCUUCUAUGUUUUGUUUUCCACAAGGUGUUCAGUUUAACUUGGAAGGUUUUCUAUAAAUCUAUUCAAGAAACUACUGCAAAACCUGUCUUAAUGACUUUUUUAAGAACCUAUUUUAGAAUGUAUCUACAAAGAGAAAACAUAUAUAAUGUUUUUUCAUGAUGAUUUAUUUGCCUAGAAUUGACUUAUAGAAAGAUUUUUGCAACUAUUUGUAAAGAUAAAAUAUGCAAUAAAUUCAAGCCUACAUUUUGAA